AAGCUUUCAGUUGUGUUACAUUUGGAAAUCAAGUUGAAGUUCAAGAAAAUGAAAUAUUUAAAUUAUAAUUUUCAUUAUAAAAAGGUUUUCUCAGCCUUGAUAAAUCAGCGAUCAUUGUCGUCGAAUGUGAUGAGAGAAGAAUGGAAAAAGAUGGCCACUAAACAAAUGAAGGGCAAAGAUCCAGAUACAUUGAUAUGGAAAACAUAUGAAAAUAUUCUGCUAAAACCAGUGUAUUUCAGUGAAGAUCGAGCACAGGAUCCACAAAAUGAAUUGCCGGGAAAAUAUCCUUUCACUCGAGGACCAUAUCCAACUAUGUAUGCACAAAGAGCAUGGACUAUACGUCAAUAUGCUGGUUUCAGUACGGUAGAAGAAAGUAAUCGAUUUUAUCGUGAAAAUAUUAAAGCUGGUGUACAAGGUUUAAGUGUUGCUUUCGAUCUAGCUACUCAUCGUGGCUAUGAUAGCGAUGAUAUCCGUGUACAAGGAGAUGUCGGUAUGGCUGGUGUGGCUAUUGAUAGCGUUGAAGAUAUGAAAAUGUUAUUCGAUGGAAUUGAUUUAAAAAAAAUUUCCGUUUCAAUGACAAUGAACGGUGCGGUCAUACCGACUAUGGCAUUUUUCAUUGUAGCUGGUGAAGAAUCCGGUGUAGAACAGAAAUAUCUUUCCGGAACUAUUCAAAAUGAUAUUCUUAAAGAAUUUAUGGUUCGAAAUACGUAUAUUUAUCCUCCAGAUGAAUCGAUGAGAAUCAUUGGCGAUAUAUUCUCAUAUACAUCCAAAAAUAUGCCGAAAUUUAAUUCCAUUUCGAUUUCUGGCUAUCAUAUACAAGAGGCUGGUGCAAAUAGUUUAUUAGAAUUAGCAUACACCAUUGCUGAUGGUCUUGAAUAUUGCCGUACUGGUGUAAAGGCGGGUUUGAAAAUUGACGAUUUUGCUCCUCGUUUAUCAUUUUUUUGGGGAAUUGGAAUGAAUUUUUACAUGGAAAUUGCUAAAAUGCGUGCCGCUCGAAGAUUGUGGGCACAUUUGAUGACUAAAUACUUUCAGCCAACAAAUUCUAAAUCAUGUAUGUUGCGUACGCAUUGUCAAACAUCGGGAUGGUCUCAGACAGAACAAGAUCCGUAUAAUAAUAUUGUACGUACUACCGUUGAAGCUUUAGCAGCUGUAUUUGGUGGAACACAAUCUCUUCAUACAAAUUCUUUUGAUGAAGCGCUUGCUUUGCCUUCACGGUUUAGUGCUCGAAUCGCUCGAAAUACACAGAUUAUAAUUCAAGAAGAAACAGGCAUUCCUAAAAUUAUUGAUCCAUGGGGAGGUUCCUACAUGAUGGAAAGUUUAACCGACGAAUUAUAUAAUGAUGCAUUGAAAAUUAUUGAAGAAAUCGAACAAAUGGGAGGCAUGGCAAAAGCUGUGGCUCAAGGUAUACCAAAGAUGAAAAUCGAAGAAUGUGCUGCAAUCAAACAAGCACGUAUUGAUUCUGGCCAGGAGGUAAUUGUCGGAGUUAAUAAAUAUAGAUUGGAAAAAGAAGAACCGAUUGAUGUGCUGAUGAUUGACAACAAACAAGUACGUGAAGCUCAGAUCGCUAAAUUAAAUCAAAUCAAAACCACUCGUGAUGAAGAAGUAUGCCAAAGAUCUUUGGAUGCAUUGACUGAAGCUGCCAGAGGUGAUGGUAAUGUUCUGGAAAGAGCAGUUGAAUGUGCCAAAAAUCGUGCUACAUUGGGUGAAAUUUCUAUGGCAUUGGAAAAAGUAUUCGGCAGAUAUACAGCCGUUGAUCGUUUAGUUAGCGGUGCAUAUUACAAUGCAUAUUCAGAAUCGGAAGUAUUGAAAAAAAUUCAGGAUAAAAUCAAAGAAUUUGAAGCCGUUGAAGGUCGUAGACCUCGUAUAUUAGUUGCCAAAAUGGGACAAGAUGGUCAUGAUAGAGGUGCAAAAGUCGUUGCUACUGGCUUUGCUGAUGUUGGUUUUGAUGUUGAUUUGGGGCCAUUGUUUCAAACACCCGAAGAAGCAGCUCAACAAGCGGUCGAUGCUGAUGUUCAUUGUGUAGGCGUGAGUAGCUUGGCUGCUGGCCAUAAAACAUUGGUACCAUUAUUAGCUGAUGCAUUGAAAAAACUUGGCAGAGAAGAUAUCAAAGUGAUUGUUGGUGGAGUCAUUCCUCCACAGGAUUAUGAUUUCCUUUACAAAGCAGGUGCUUCAGCGAUUUUUGGUCCGGGUACACCGAUUCCGCAUUGUGCAAUAAAAACAUUGGAAGUCAUACAAGAAUCUCGUAACAAAAAUGAUAAGAAUAUUGCCGCUUCUAAUUAAUUAAUUAAAAUUUAAUAAGAAUAAAAUACUCAAAAUACA